UCAGGGUCCACACGAAGUUCGUAGACUCCCGGGUCUGACUACUUUGACCAGUAAAAAAUGGAGACUCUUCUUAGCUUUAUGGAUACAACAACUUCCUUAGUAGCUCUUCUUGUUUUUCUGCUCAGUCUCUUCUUCACCCAUCGUUUCUACCAAGGCAGAGAUGAAAAAAUAAAAUCGCUUCUUCCGCGGGGCCCGCGAGAGUGGCCGAUCAUUGGAAUCAUCCCCAGUCUCGUCGGCGACGAACCCUACAAGCUUCUCGCUGGUCUGUCCUCCAAGUACGGCCCGGUGUUCUUGAGUCGAAUCGGAAUGAUUCCCACACUCGUAAUCAACGAUUUCAACGCAAUGAAAGAGGCUUUCGCAAAGUCUGGGGACGAUUUCGCAGAUCGACCUAGAUUUGGGAUGAUGGAGUACAUUACGAAAGGGAAGGGCAUUAUUUCAGCUCACGUAGGUGACAGUCAGCGAGAGAAACGUCGUUUUGGCCUUGCCGCCCUUCGAGAACUCGGCAUGGGUAAAUCUCGUCUCGUCGAGAACAUAACGGACGAAAUUGAAACAUUGUCCGAAGUCUUUGUUGGCUACGAAGGCAAACCUUUUAAUCCUGCCCACGAUAUUACUGUGUCCGUUUCCAACAUCGUAUCGUGGAUUGUCUUUGGGAAGCGAUUCAAGCACGAUGAUACUGCCUUCAAGCGUUUCCUGGAAAUAAUUCACGAAGGAAUCGAGAUUUGUGAGUCGACAGGCGCUACAGGAUUUAUCCCCAUGCUGCAGUACUUACCAUUGCCUGUCUGGAAGAAACUGGCUGACAACGAGGCAGAAUGGAGGAAAUUCGACAGUGCCAUGAUCAAAGAUGCCCUGCAGAGGCCUUCCUCUGAAGAGCCAUGUUUCGUUCAGAUGUACCAUGAGGAAAUGAAGCGUAUGCAACAACGAGUCAGCGCAGGCGGAGUAGGUUCAGACGUGCUCAGUGGUACGAAUGGCACCAGCGACUCUGACGGUGGUGUGAUUUUUAAUGAAGAAGAUAUGCGUCAGACUCUUGGGGAUUUGUUUGCAGCCGGAACGGAUACAACUGCCACAACACUGAAAUGGGCCAUUCUCUUUCUCAUACUGCAUCCAGACGUUCAAAGUAAACUCCAUGAAGAAUUGGACAGUGUGUUUGGACGCACUCGAAAGCCAAGCUUGGAGGAUCGUAAGCAAAUCCCUUACACUGAAGCGGUGCUUCUGGAAGUCCAAAGGACGGCAUCGGUUGUUCCCCUUGGUGUGCCACAUUCAGCGAGUUGGGACACCACGCUUAAUGGACACCAUGUCCCAGCAAAUACCCUGAUCUUACCCAACAUCUGGGCUGUCCACCAUGAUCCAAAGGUCUGGAAGAACCCUGAUGAGUUUCGGCCGGAAAGGUUUUUAGAUGACACGGGAACGACUGUUCUUCAGCGAGAAGAGCUCCUCCCAUUUUGCAUAGGCAGGAGAAAGUGUCUCGGAGAGCAACUCGCCAAGAUGGAAUUGUACUUCUUCUUCACCCAUCUUCUCCACCGCUUCGAAUUCCGUAUCCCUGAGGGCGCCCUUCCACCCAGUACUGCAGGAAAAGUUGGUGCCACACGCAACCCAAUGCCGUUCAGUGUGUGUGCAAUACCGCGUUACUCAUAGCAAGAGUCUAGGGAGAGGUUGGCUCGCAACAAGUCAGGGAUCGCGGAACGGUUUUGAAAGUGGGGGGGGGGGGCUGACCAUGCUAAGAAUCACA